AUGGACUCAUUAUAAAUACAGAAGUAGCUUAUGGUUGAUUAAUUGAAUAAGUUGGAAUACAUGGAUAAAAUCCUUCCUUUGCACAAGGACGAAGUAUAGGCAGAGAAGAAACUGUAAGUUCAGAUCAAUAGUCUAAAUUUCAAAAGAAUAAUAGAAGGGCAGGAGAAUAAUAAAUUGAUGGCAGAAAUAGAAGAGUCGAAGUUAGAUGUUCAAAAGAAUCGACAGAAGGCCUUUCAGAAAUACUUUACUUCAUUCAUGACAGAGAAACAGCAACAAGAUGUUAAUAUCCUUGAAUUCAACCAAAGUGAUUUCGAAGUUUUUCAAUAAUUGAAGGAGAAACAAAGACAACUGGCAUAGGAAGAUCUGACCAUAGCUCGGCAGAAGGAGAAAAGCAACCAGAUAUUUGAAUAGAACCUUAUGAAGAAAUGGGAUAGAGUGAGGAAAAAAUUGCGUAUGAUUGGCAGAAUGAAACGAUUAUAUGACGAAGUAAAAUUGUAUGGUACAAGCUGUAGAGUGGAGACUUCGAUAAAACGACACGAAGUUAUUCAGGAACUGGAAUAAAUGCUCAACAAACAGAAUUAGCAAAUAAGCAAGCCUAUGCCACAGAAACACAAGCAUCUUUUCUUACCAGAUUCGAAGUUCAAGAAAUAUUGGCAAUAUGUUCUGAUGAUAUUAUUGAUUUACACUGCCUUUAUCACUCCAAUUCGAUUGGCAUUCAUAGAGGAAUUCAACGUUGUUUGGUUUACUUUGGAAUUAACAGUAGACAUGCUAUUUUUUUUGGAUAUCUUAAUUACUUUUAACACAGCAUAUUUCAAUGAGGAAGGAGUCCUUAUAGUUGAUCGUCAACAAAUAGCAAUUUAGUAUCUGAGAACUUGGUUCAUAUUCGAUUUGAUGGCUGUAUUCCCAACUGAUCAAAUCUUUUAGAAUGAGGCUCAAAAGUUAUCGCAGUAUUUCAAAUUGACAAGACUGCCUCGAAUGUAUAAAUUGAUAAGUAUCAGCAGAAUGUGGUCAACUGUUUAGAAUUCUCAGAAUCAUAAUGAUUGCUUUUCAGCUAUUCAAGACCUUAUAAAUUUGAAUUCAACAACUGUGAGAGUACUCAAAUUUUUUGGAACUGUCCUUGUUUGUGUGCAUAUAAUGGGUUGUCUUUGGUAUUUGGUUGCAAAAUUGAAUAAAUUUGGACCAAACACUUGGGUAUAUGAAUUGGAUUUGCUCAGUAAAAGUGAAUAUGAAUUGUACUUAACUUCCAUCUAUUGGGCAGUAGCAACUAUAUGUACAGUGGGCUUUGGAGAUAUCCACGCCUUCAAUGAUACUGAAAGAAUUGUGUGCAUAUUUUGGAUGUUCUUCGGAGUUGGUUUCUAUUCAUUUACUGUUGGUUCCCUCUCCACUCUGAUGGGAACUUUGGACACAAGAGAAUCUCAUCUCCAAAGCAAGAUCACUUUUAUGGAUGAGUUCUGCGAAGAAACCAAAUUGUCAUUGUAGAUGAAACACAAAAUCAGGAAGGUCUUGGAAUACAAUUCAAUGAUUAACAUAUUCUCCUCUGCUGAAGUGGAUGAGUUCCUAUCUGAAAUACCUACCAAUCUCAAAUAUCAGAUUGCCUAGGCCAUGUAUGCUGGUCUCAAAAAUAGAGUCUCCUUCUUCAAGAACAAGGAUUCAGUCUUCAUCUCCACUCUCAUUCCUAAAUUAUAGCCAUUAAAAAUAAAUGCUGGAGAAUUUGUUUACAAUAAGGGAGAAUACCCUAAUUAAGUUUAUUUCAUUGUGAAUGGCAGAGUCAAUAUGGUUAUUGGAGUCUAUUCAAUCACAUUUAAAACAUAUGUAACAGGUAGUUAUUUUGGGGAAAUUGAAAUAUUUGAUAACAGUGCACGCUUUCAUUCAGCCAGAGCUGAGUUGGAAUGUGAAUUGUUGGCCAUAGAAUAGGAUGUAUUUAAAAAAAUAUUGCAAGCAUUUCCAGAAUAUUUUGAAGAAAUUAAGGCCAUUUCGCUAGAAAAGUUAAAGAGAGAAAAAGAGGCCAUUGAAAAAUUAUAGGAUUUAACUGGAUUAUCACAAACCUCUGAAUUUUUUAAUAAGAAAAGGACUCAAUCUAUUUACAAAUCAAUUAAGUAGAGAGAAUCAGUACACUUCAUAGAUUAUAGUGAAGAAUCAGAAUAAGAAUUGAAAUCAAUGAAAUCCAGCAAGUUUGGCUUCUUCAAAAAGAAAACCAAUCAUUUAAUACCUGAAGAUACUACUAGAUUACAUACAUAAGAGGAUACAUCCCAAAAGAAUCUUAUUGUUUCGGAUAGUAGUCAAAAAAAGAGUGAAGAACUAGGCAAAGUAAUCACAUUAUCAAUUCCAGAUUAAGUGAAAAGAGAUAGUGAACAUAAAAUUAAACUGUAUGGUGAAGUUCCUCCUGCUAUUUCUUAAUUCAAUGAAGAUCUAGAUUAGAAUCAAAAUGAAAAAGUUAAUCUGAGAAUCUAAAGUGAAGAACCUAACCGUGCUCCUCAAACUAAACAAGUCAGAUAUAUAAGUCAGAAUCUCAGAUGUAGUCCCAAGAGAUAGGAACACAGAAAACCAUCCAUUUAGAUCACAUCCCCUAAUGAGAAUCCAGGUUCUGAUACCCCCUUAAUCUCUUCUGUAAGAUCUAAUUUCAUUAAACCUUCCAUUAAAAUUGAUGAAGCCUCGUAUGAAUCAGAAGGGUCUAAUAAAAACUCCCCUAAUAUGUCCAUACAUCCUCAUAAUGCAUUCUAUAAUGCUUAGUCUCCUCAAAAUUCGCCAAGAAGAAGUUAGAACUUUUCAAAAUUCCCUUUUCCUUUUUAGAAACAACCGUCAAUCUUCAAAAGUGCUAGUAAUCAAUACAUAGAAGCAAGUAAACUCAAGAAUUUACCUAGAUUGAGUGGAUUUAGAAGAACGUAUAGAAAAGAAAGAGAAAUUGAAGUGUUGGAGGAGACUAUUGAAAAUGAGGAUUACACUUAAUUGCAAUAAAAGUUAGUGGAGUUAUUGGAGAAGAUAAAGAAAUAAAAAGAGCAAUAAAAAGUCAAAAAAUAAUAAAUCAAAUUCAACAUUAUAAAUCCAUUGCCUAAAAAGAUUGUUUUGGAAUAAAAAGAUUCUAUGAGUAUUCCAGAUCUACCAGAUGUUGAAAAAUAAUAAUUAUCUUAAUAAGAUAGUAAUAGUAGCGGUAUAUUAGAAUGA